AUGUUGAGGAUGGACCUAUGGAGUUACAUAAAGCAAUGGCCAGAGGUAAGUGAUUCUCAUGUGGAAACUAAGCACAUACCUCUGGUCACCGGCCUGAAAUGGUCCCAUGAUUCAAAGGAAGAAAGGAAAUGUGUCUCCUGCAAGUAUGGCUAUAACAUGUAUAAUCUUAGUGUGUCACAGUCUCAAUUUUGUGCGGCAAAAGUAUCCCGUGCGGAGGAUUUCUUUUGCAUUUUCAAGUGCAGGGAUUUUGCCUCCAUAGAAUUUCAUCUCGGAGCUGUUUAUCUCUCUUCCCUGGAAGUGCUUUCACUAUGUCUUCUCCGCAGAAUGGCUUCAUUUGCAGGAUGCAGUCUGGGCAGUUUUUCUGAAGGGAUGGUAUCAUCUGCUUGA